AUGACUGCAGAAAAGCGUAUACCAUUACAUAUCUUACGUGAGAUUACAAAUGGAUUCUCAGAGCACUCAAGGAUUGGAAGGGGCGGGUAUGGAGAUGUUUACAAGGGAGUUUACAGUGGGAGAGAGAUUGCUGUGAAGUUGCUUCAUGUUGAUACGGUGCUAGGACAUGAUGACAGACAAUAUAUCAAUGAAGUUGGUAACCUUUUGAAGGUUAAGCAUCCAAAUAUUGUACAGUUACUUGGUUAUUGUUAUGAAAUACAGAAUGAACUAAUUGAACACAAUGGUGCAAAUCAUUUUACCCGACACGUAUAUAGAGUCCUCUGCUUCGAGUACUUGCAGGGUGGAAGCCUAGACAAGCAUCUUCGUGAAGAAUCUUUUGCACCUGAUUGGAGCACGCGUUACAAGAUUAUAAAGGGGAUUUGUGAAGGAUUAAAUUUCCUUCACAGCUGUGAACCACCAAUCUUUCAUCUUGACCUGAAGCCUGCCAAUAUAUUACUAGACAGUUCCAUGGCGCCUAAACUGGCGGAUUUUGGUUUGUCAAGGCUCUUCGGUGGAUCACACACUCAUGUCACAAACAGAGUUGUAGGAACCGAGGCGUAUAUGCCACCAGAAUUCAUAAAAGACGCCUAUAUCUCCCAUAAGAAUGAUGUCUUCAGUUUAGGUCUUGUGAUGAUAGAGAUAAUUAAAGGGUCUUCAGGUUACUCCGGUUAUAUAGAAACAGACGAAGUCGGGCAAUUUACGCAAAAGGUGCUUGGCAAUUGGAAGAAUAGGAUAAAGGCUACUUCGGAGUACCCAUUAGAGGAAUCACAUCAAGUGCAGAUAUGCAUUGACACAGCAAUGCGUUUUGUUGAACCUGACAGAAACAAUCGACCUAAUAUAGCAGAAGUUCUGGAUAUUCUGAGCAAGACAGAAACUCAUAUUCCCAAGAGACAGAUGGCAGAUGUGUUCCCGUGUCCAACAAUUGGUCUCAAGAGCGAGUCUAAUAUGUUGGAGAUGAUGGUAGCUGAACUAAACAAUAAUGAACAUAGACAUUGCAAUUUGAUGCCAACAGAUAACUCUAACCGUACUGUGCAGCAACUUGCUGACAGGGAAACAUCAUCAGAUGUGGAACAAGUAAUCAUCGGAAGGACCAAGGAAAAACAGAAAAUAUUGUCUAUUUUAUCCGAGAGCAUCACAGAAGAAAUGGUCAUCCUUCCAAUAUAUGGCAUUGGAGGCAUUGGCAAGACAACCUUGGCACAAUUGGUAUUCAAUGACCCAAAGUUUCAAGACUACACUCGGGUGUGGGUAUAUGUUUCCCAGGAAUUCAACUUGAACAAGAUUGGCAACUCCAUAAUAACACAGUUAACAGACAAGAUCAGCAAUAUACCUACCAAACAGAUGCUUCAUAAACGCCUCAAAGAGCUAUUUGAUGGUAAGAGCAUCCUUAUUGUUUUAGAUGACCUGUGGGAGGAGAACCCAAAAGAGUUAGAUAAAAUGAAGGUUAUGCUAGGGCUUGGCCUAGGAAGCAAGGUGAUUAUAGUAACUACACGUGAUGGAGGUCUAGCAAGGAAAUUUUGUAGUCCUGCAGUUGCACCAUACAAGUUGGAGACUUUGACCGUUAAUGAGUGUUGGACUAUAAUAAAACAAAAAGCUGACUUUGAAGACCGAAUCGACCAAGAACAAUUGGAGCAUAUAGGAAGGGAGAUUGCGACCAAGUGUGGAGGAGUGGCCUUAGCGGCCCAAUCACUUGGAUACAUGUUGAACGGCAUGAGGUCAGAUGAAUGGGAGUCGGUGAGAGACAGUCAUAUUUGGAAUCUUUCUACUUCUGUGGGCCAUGAAGUGCUUGCGUCCUUACAGCUGAGCUACAGCCACAUGUCUGCUUGGUUGAAGUUGUGCUUUUCCUAUUGUGCAAUCUUUCGAAAAGGUCAGACAAUAGCCAAGUAUGAUCUAAUUCACCAAUGGAUUGCUCUUGGAUUCGUUGAGCAAUCUAGGAUAUUUGAUUCUAUGCAGCUCUGCGAAAAUUAUGUCACUCAACUUUUGGGGAUGUCCUUCCUUCAAUAUUCAAAGAUACCUUGGGGUUAUACACAAGAAGACAAAUAUAUUACAUUCUUCACGAUGCAUGACCUAGUGCAUGAUCUCGCAAGAGAGAUUUUGGCCCAUCAACUUAACACUGAGGGAAACAAUUGCCGCUAUGCAUUGCUCACAGAUUGUACCAAGUCAUUGCAGCUGUCUGUGGCUUUUCCUGCAAAUAUAUAUUCGCUGCACUUUAGGGGCUGUUACGGACAAGAACUUUGUGAUGGUGCAUUCUCGUCAGCUAAGUGCCUCCGUGUUUUGGAUUUAAGUGAAUGCUUAAUUAAGAAGUUACCUGACUGUAUUGGUCAACUGAAGCAGUUGAGAUUUCUUCGUGCUCCAGGAAUCCGAUAUGAAAUGGUUCCCAGUUGUAUUACUGAGCUCUCACAGUUAAAUUACCUGAACCUUGGUGAUUCUGAUAAAAUCUCAGCACUGCCGGAGGCCAUUGGUGAUAUGACGCAUCUUGAUUUAUCAGGUUGUGUUGAAAUACGUGAACUUUCAAUUUCAAUAUCAUUCGCAGAGCUCAAGCAGCUGGUUCAUCUGGAUUUAUCACGCAGCAGUGUGUCUACAGCAGAAGCUUUGGGUGGCUGUACCAAACUUCAAUAUCUGAAUUUAUCAGGUAACAAGGAACAUAUCGGAAGGCUGUCAAAGGCCAUUAGCAAUCUAAUCAAACUCAGGUAUUUAAAUCUAUCGGGGUGCAUGAAUGCCAUGGCGCCGGCAUCAGAAAACGAAAUUGUCAGAUUGCUUGACUCUGUCUGUACUCUUUCUAAUCUAGAGCAUCUGGACUUGUCUAAGAAUAAAGCCUAUUCCAUCAGUAUACCAGAAAGUAUUGGCAACCUCAUGAAGCUUCAUACAUUGUACCUCUUAGACUGCACCAGAUUGAAGCUUCCUGCUGAUCUUGUGGUGCAUGCUUCAAGUGAUAAAUUUAGCAGCAAUAUCAGCCUGCUUUGUCUUGAAGUGCUGACGAUAUAUAGACUCGAAAAUGUGAAGUCUGCAGAAGAGGCACGAUGUAUAAAACGGACAAUGCUUCGAUGCCUUAAGGCACCUGCCUUUGUGUCUAUGACAUGUGGGCCCAACAGGUGGCUGGCCCACAUGUCAAUGACCCAAAGGCAGGUGCAGAUACAAAAAAUUAUAGAGCUAAGAUUUGAAUGGACUGUCGUGGGUGGGAGGUCUGUGGAUGACAAGGAGGUAUUGGAAAAACUAGUGCCACCAACCAGUGUGCAGAGAUUGUAUAUAAGUGGUUAUAGCAGUGUCAGCGUUCCUAAUUGGCUUAUGGGUAUCAGGCAGCAUCUCCCUAAUCUUUCUCAGUUAUAUUUCUGUGAUUUUCCUAACUGCAAUAACCUACCAUCACUUGGUCAACUACCAUACCUACGAGAGCUAGGUCUGUGCCGCAUGGAGAGCUUGGAAGAGUGGAACACGGCAUAUACCAGUGGCGAGCCUAAGCUUGGGGCAUUGACCAUAGAUCAAUGUGCCAAGCUGAGGAUAAAACCAUGUGCACCAAGAGCUACGGUUUUGUGGAUAAUAGAUUCUGAUAAUGUGCUAUCAUCAUGGGAAGAGAAUUUGUCACACGGUGGUGCUUCCUCUUCUCCAAUAACAAAACUGAUUGUCAAAAACAGCAAGGUGCCCUUGCAUCAGUGGAGGUUGCUUCACCAACUCCCUGCCCUCCGUGAUUUAACUAUCACCGGUUGCAGUGAUCUGACCACCUCACCUAAGAUCAUCCAACAGUUCUCCUCGCUUGUAUCAUUGUCCUUCGACCAGGCAGAAUUGCCGAGUUGGUUGGCCAAGGUGACAUCUCUGCAGAUCCUAAGGCUGUCUGUGUGCAGAAGCAUGACGUCACUACCGCAGUGGUUAGGAAAACUUGCCUCUCUCAAGGAAUUGCAGAUCAUGCGCUGUGAGGGGAUCAGGUCUUUGCCUGACAGCAUACAACAACUGACUAAGCUUGAACAGCUAACCAUCCGUGGCUGCCCUACACUAGUGAAAUGGUGUGAAUCAGACUCAGAGGAGAACAAGAUGAAGCUUGCUCACAUCAGAGGGAUCGUCCCAAGAUCAUUGAUGGCACAGGAAGAGGACACAACAAAGGCCAUUCUAGUAGCUCCCAUUCAUGGUACUACUGUGAUGGAUGAGGCGGAUCCGGAUGUGCUGUAUAGUGCUGUGAUGAACAUGCCCGGCUUUGCUGAGGAAUAUUUGUUAGUUGCUCUGUCUCAGCUGAUGGACAACACUGCCCAGGGCUCCGCAUAUAUGGCCAUGAGCGAGGAGGACCGGGUAUCAUGGCUCAUUAACUUCUUGAAAAAAUACUACUCCCCCCGGCCCCAUUUAAUUGACGCGACCCGCAAGCUAAGUGGUAAAGCACACGAAGUAUAG